AUGGUCCCCGAGCCCGGCCCUGCCAGCAACAGCACCCCGGCCUGGGGCUCGGAGCCGCCGUCGGGGCCCGCGGGCAGCGGCUGGGUGGCGGCCGCGCUGUGCGUGGUCAUCGCGCUGACGGCGGCGGCCAACUCGCUGCUCAUCGCGCUCAUCUGCACGCAGCCGGCGCUGCGCAACACGUCCAACUUCUUCCUGGUGUCGCUCUUCACGUCGGACCUGAUGGUGGGGCUGGUGGUGAUGCCGCCGGCCAUGCUGAACGCGCUGUACGGGCGCUGGGUGCUGGCGCGCGGCCUGUGCCAGCUCUGGGCCGCCUUCGACGUCAUGUGCUGCAGCGCCUCCAUCCUCAACCUGUGCCUCAUCAGCCUGGACCGUUACCUGCUCAUCCUCUCGCCGCUGAGCUACAAGCUGCGCAUGACGCCCCCGCGCGCCCUGGGGCUCGUCCUGGGCGCCUGGAGCCUGGCGGCGCUCGCUUCCUUCCUGCCGCUGCUGCUGGGCUGGCACCAGCUGGGCCGCGCGCGGGCCCCUGCCCCCGGCCAGUGCCGCCUGCUGGCCAGCCUGCCCUUCGUCCUCGUGGCGUCGGGCCUCACCUUCUUCCUGCCCUCGGGCGCCAUCUGCUACACCUACUGCAGGAUCCUGCUGGCCGCGCGCAAGCAGGCGGUGCAGGUGGCCUCCCUCACCACGGGCGCGGCCGGCCAGGCCUUGGAGACGCUGCAGGUGCCCAGGACCCCACGCCCAGGGAUGGAGUCAGCCGAUAGCAGGCGUCUGGCCACCAAGCACAGCAGGAAGGCCUUGAAGGCCAGUCUGACACUGGGCAUCCUGUUGGGCAUGUUCUUUGUGACCUGGCUGCCCUUCUUUGUGGCCAACAUAGUCCAGGCUGUGUGCGACUGCAUCUCCCCAGACCUCUUCGAUGUGCUCACAUGGCUGGGUUACUGUAACAGCACCAUGAACCCCAUCAUCUACCCACUCUUCAUGCGGGACUUCAAACGGGCCCUGGGCAGGUUCUUGCCAUGUCCCCACUGCCCCAGGGAACGCCGGGCCAGCCUUGCCUCACCCUCUAUGCGAACCUCUCACAGCGGCCCCCGGCCGGGCCUGAGCCUGCAGCACGUGUUGCCACUGCCUCUGCCACCUGACUCCAAUUCUGACUCAGGCUCGGGUUCCGGUGGCUCCUCAGGCCAGCAGCGCACGGCCCAGCCCCUGCUGCCUAGAGAGGCCCCCCGGGAGCCCCCGCCCCCCACCAGGGUUGCAGCUGUAGUCAAUUUCUUCAACAUCGAUCCUGUCGAGCCCCAGCUGCAGCUGCACCCACUUGGCGCUCCCACGAACUGACGCGGGCUUGGAGCUGGUCAGUGGAGCGCUGGACUAGAUGGGAUGAAGUCCCCAAAGGCCUUGGACCAGCUCUUGGCUAAGGCUGGGAGGCUGCAGGUCUCCUGGAUGCCCUCUGAGUUCCAGUGGGGUGCACUGACCCAGCCCCCACUGCCCGCCCACUGGGAAAACAGCUGGCUCAGAUAAAAUUUUCUCCAGGAUGCUCUUGCUGAGUGUGACCUGUGGGUGUGUGUGGAGGUGGCUGGAGGGCUCUGGCAGAGGGGAAAAGGACCUCUUGGUUCAAGUUAGGGUGAAGGCAAUUAUCUCCUUUGACAUUUGAUGAGACUGCAGGGGAGGGAUGCCUCUAUCUGCAGAGGUAGAUUAGUGUUGGGCUGAAUCCCUCACUCCUCCGGGGGCUGCCAGCAUUAGUGUCACCUCCCUGCAGUUCGUUAAAAAUGUACGCCUCUACCUACCCCCCACCCAAGACCCACUGAGUUAGAAUCUGCACGUUAGCAGGAGCUCCAGGUGACAUGUGUGCACAUUAUAGUUUGGGAUGCGCUGGCUUGGAUGAUCUGUAACUGUGAGGAUGAUUUGCUGGUUUUCGGUCUAGCCACUGCCUCAGAUGUGUGUGGGGCUGCACAGAAAAACACCUGCCCUGGGAGUCAGGAAGGCCUAAAUUUGAAUCUCUGCUCCAUUACUCACUAGCUCUUGGACAGAAAGGUUCCUUAGCCUUUCAGAGCCUGGUAUUCCAUGUACAAAGUACCCAGUACCCACGGGUGGUGCUGCUGUAGGUGGUACUUGCUGUUGGUACAACUCCUGGUCAUCCAGCACCCCCUGGCCUCUCGCUGUGGGCCCGGAGGGGCUGUUUGUUCCCACUGUUUUCCCAUCUCCCUCCUCCCCUUCAGCCCUGGUCCACAUCCCACCACCUGACUGACCAUGGCUCCCCAACUCUUUGCUCUGGAUGCCGAGUGGGGCUCCCAUCCCCACUCCCAGGCUGCUCCACCACGACUCCUGGGGGCAAAGAGGGAGCUGGUGGUUUCUUGCUCAACACCAGGAAUGGCUUUCCCUCCACCCUGAACUUCCUUGGACGUGGAAGGGAACCAGCUGAUGGAGAUAGACCAGCCCAUGGCCCCACUGCCUCCUGGCAUCCCUGGUCAGCCAGGGAAAUAGAAGCGGCAGCCACUUGGGUCAGCAGAGCGGUCUCUGGUGUGGGUCGCUGCCCUCAGGCAGCUCGGUGGACCCUGGCACAGGGGCCUGGGUUGUUUUUGAGGGUGGGGGAAAAAAUCUCUUGGUCCCCACAGUUUACCUGCCAUGCGGUCCUUUUCAUUCUGAGGCCCCAUCAGGCCAAACUCCCAGGGAGCCCUCCACAGUGGCCUGGCGCUCUCCUUGGUGCUGAUUAGAUUCAACUCUGGCCCUGGGCACUGGCCACAGAGGGGCCAUGGUGCUCGUUGGGGCUCCCUCUCUGCCCCCAGCCCUGCCUGAGUGGACUCCGAAUAAACGCUACCUGAGGCGGUGA